AUGGGAAGGGCUCCAUGCUGCGACAAGGCGAAUGUGAAGAAGGGACCCUGGUCUCCGGAAGAGGACAAGAAGCUCAAAGACUUCAUUGAGAAGUAUGGCACUGGAGGCAACUGGAUUGCUCUCCCACAAAAGGCCGGUAAGCGAGCGCGGAGGAACCAGUCUCCGAUGCUCUCCUUCUUCCCCUCUUUCCAUUCCUCCUCGCUCCUCUGAUAUGCUAUGAUUUCUCAAGCUUGAUAACUCCUCAAUUCCAACCUACUGCUCACAUUCUCGGUUUUCUUUGUAAUCUCUUAGCCUUCUUCGAUUUCCCCUGGGCAUUGCUGCAGGCCUCAGAAGAUGCGGCAAGAGUUGCAGGCUGCGGUGGCUCAACUACCUGAGGCCCAACAUAAAACACGGAGCCUUCUCCGACGAGGAAGACAGGAUAAUCUGUAGCCUCUUUGCCAGAAUUGGAAGCAGGUCCUCGGCUCCCAUUCACCCCUCGUCUCUCUCUCUCUCUCUCUCUCUCCCUUCGUGCAUGCCAACCAAAUAGCUUCUCUUCUCGCCGUUGUUUUCUGCAGAUGGUCUAUCAUAGCCACCCAGCUGCCUGGGAGGACGGACAACGAUAUCAAGAACCACUGGAACACAAAGCUGAAAAAGAAGCUCCUGGGAGUUGCUGCAUGCCAAAUAAAACUGCCUCCGCAACAGCAAGCUCGGGAACAGCAGCACCAGCAACCGGCCUUCCCACCUUUUCUCGCCGGAGUUGCACCGGCGACGCCCCAACUGAGCUCCUGUACCCUCCCGCAGAACCCUCUUCUCCACGGGCUUGGGGAGUUCUCCGCCGACCCUGAUAUCUUCGGCUCUCUUCUCCACGCACAACAAACCCAUUACCAUCCAAUGAAGGACGGCGUUGUUCUAACUUUUGAAGGCGAUCAGUGCUGCAGUAGCGCUUCAGAUGGGAGCCUCAACCAGAUCACUUACGGACGAGACGAAGGGUUAGGGUUCGCCGGCGGCGCUCGGCAAAUGGGUCUGGAGAGCCUUCUCUACAGCAGCGGCAUCGGAGACAAUCGCUGGAAGGAGAGCGCCUCGUGGGAGAAGCAGCCCUCGGCCGAUUUGGAACAGCUCAUCUCCACCGGGGGCAGCUUCUUCUCCGGCGAGUCAUCUCUCGCUACUUGGAGCAGCUCCAAGACCCUGGGGUUGGGCUCUCUCAAGUCCCUCCCGACCCUUGGAAGGGAAGCCGAUCGAUUUAGGGAGUGGUAA